AGGCAAGCAGUGGCUCCUCUCCGAGCAGGCAGCCCGAUCCAAGGAAGGGAGGGAGAGAAGAAAGAAAGAAAGGCAAGCAUGCCCUCCUAGGCAUCCCCUCGCCCUUCCUCGCUCCAGCAGAGAGCCCUCCGGAGCUCGCCCAGACCAGGCUCGUCCAUGGAGCUGGAAAACAUCGUCGCCAACACCGUCCUGCUCAAAGCCCGCGAAGGAGGUGGAGGAAAACGCAAAGGCAAAAGCAAAAAAUGGAAGGAAAUCCUGAAGUUUCCUCAUAUUAGUCAGUGUGAAGAUCUUCGAAGAACAAUAGAGAGAGAUUACUACAGUUUAUGUGACAAGCAGCCAAUAGGAAGACUUCUCUUUCGGCAAUUCUGUGAGACUCGCCUGGAGCUCGACUGCUGUAUUAGGUUUCUGGACUCCGUGGCAGAAUAUGAAGUUACUCCAGAUGCAAAAUUAGGAGAGAAAGGCAGAGAAAUUGUGGUGAAAUACCUCAUCCCAGAGUCUCCAAAGUUUGUAGCAGAAGUCAACCAAGAUCUUGUCCUGCUGACAGAAGAAAAACUUGAAGACAGCCCCUGUAAAGAGCUCUUCUCACCUUGCGUGAAAUCUGUUCGUGAGUAUUUAAGCGGAGAGCCUUUCCAAGAAUAUACAGACAGCAUGUAUUUUGAUAGAUUCCUCCAGUGGAAAUGGCUGGAAAGACAACCAGUGACGAAAAACACAUUUAGACAAUACAGGGUAUUAGGAAAAGGUGGUUUUGGGGAGGUAUGCGCUUGCCAAGUACGGGCAACUGGCAAAAUGUAUGCAUGCAAAAGAUUAGAGAAAAAAAGAAUAAAGAAGAGGAAAGGUGAAUCCAUGGCCCUAAAUGAAAAGCAGAUUCUAGAAAAAGUCAAUAGUCAAUUUGUAGUCAACUUAGCCUAUGCUUAUGAAACAAAGGAUGCACUCUGUUUAGUUCUAACCAUAAUGAAUGGAGGUGACUUGAAGUUCCACAUCUAUAAUAUGGGAAAUCCAGGCUUUGAGGAAGAAAGAGCUUUGUUUUAUGCUGCCGAGAUCCUUUGUGGCUUAGAAGAUUUGCAUAGAGAAAACACUGUAUACAGGGAUUUGAAGCCAGAAAAUAUCCUGUUAGAUGAUUAUGGCCACAUCAGAAUCUCUGAUUUGGGGCUAGCUGUUAAAAUCCCCGAGGGUGAAUCAAUCCGUGGACGGGUAGGAACAGUUGGUUAUAUGGCUCCUGAAGUCCUAAAUAACCAACGAUAUACACUUAGCCCCGACUAUUGGGGUUUAGGUUGCCUGAUCUAUGAAAUGAUUGCAGGACAAUCGCCUUUUCGUGGAAGGAAAGAGAAGGUGAAGCGAGAAGAGGUCGACAGGAGAGUCUUGGAGACAGAAGAGGUGUAUUCCCAUAAAUUCUCCGAGGAAGCAAAGUCUAUCUGUAAAAUGCUACUGACCAAAGAUGUGAAACAGAGGCUGGGUUGCCAUGAAGAAGGAGCAGCUGAAGUAAAGAAGCAUCCAUUUUUCAAGAAUAUGAAUUUUAAGCGCUUAGAAGCUGGAAUGCUGGACCCACCUUUUGUCCCUGAUCCUAGAGCAGUGUACUGCAAAGAUGUAUUGGACAUAGAACAAUUUUCAACUGUCAAGGGAGUAAACCUGGACCAAACAGAUGAUGAUUUCUAUUCCAAGUUUUCUACAGGCUCCGUAUCAAUUCCCUGGCAAAAUGAGAUGAUAGAAACAGAGUGUUUUAAAGAACUAAAUUUGUUUGGACCAAAUGGUACUAUUUCACCAGACCUUAACAAAAGCUACCCACCAGAACCACCGAAGAAAGGAUUGUUACAUAGAAUAUUUAAACGUCAGCAUCAGAACAAUUCCAAGAGUUCUCCAAAUGCAAAGGCCAAUUUGAAUCAUCAUAUAAAUGCCAACCAUGUAAGUUCAAACUCUACUGGAAGCAGCUAGUUCUGCCUUGACUUUUGUGAACCUGCACUUGGCAUCCCUCCACUAUAACAUACGGAGCUUCAAGGAUGAGAGAACACCUGCCAUCGAGCUAGAAGAUCAAUAAUCUCCUAUUUCGGGAGAGUUUUCCCCCUUCUCCAUUCCUUCCAGGGGAGCUUCCCAAUUUACCAAGAAAUUUCCUCUCAGGUCUGUUUUUGGAGGUGGCACUUGAGGUCUCGUGACUCAACGUUGUCUCUGUAGGACAUUGCAAUAGAAAUCAGAGUCUGACAACUUGCACGUAUUUAAAAUCGCAUCAUAACUAGAACUGAAUUUUGUCCUUAUUAUUUUUAAAGAAAAGGUUUUGUAAAUUUCUCUAUUGUCUCAGUUUACAUUUUGUACAUUUGUAUUUAAAUGAAAGUCGGACUUGGGGAUGUAUAUUUUCUGAGCAGCAGCUUGUAAAGCCAUCUGUUUUAAGAUUUUUUUUUGUUUUUAAAAAACAAACCAAGAAAAACACAAAGUGAUCAAGACUUCCAGAGCCUCGAAAUGAGAUGUUUAUUUUUAUUUUUGUGUUGCCAAUGUCGAAAAUUAGUCACACGUUCCUUCUUUCAUAUCAGUUUUAUUGAUACAAAUUUUUAUUCUUUUUCCAUUGAUUGAGUUUACAGCAACACUGCAGAUAAAAGUGUCUUCCCUCUUUUUUCUUAAAGCCUUUCAUUUAAUGCAAACUCAAACGUACAGUCAAGAUUCACCAUCUCUAAGGAAGGUAAUACACUAUACCUGAGGUACAUGGGACCAGCAUUGUUGCUAUUUGCACUUUUUGUACUUAGGUUGCCCUGUUUAUGUUUGUUGUUAAAAAGUCAUCACCAUUUAAAAUCCCUCCUCUUCUUUUUCUACCCCUAAGACAAUUUCCCAGACUUUCUGUUACUAUUCCUAGAAAGAGAUGAACAAAUGCACAUGAUCACAAAUACAGGUAGAUACCUGGUCUCCAGGCGAGAAGUUCACCCUUUGCUGCUCCUCCCAAGAAGAUACCAAAGGGUUGUCUUGAUAGAUUUGCCUCUUCAAUAUUGUUUUCACCAAUAAGUGGGUUUGUACAAGUCUCUGGGGAGCGAGAGGUGUUGGGUAUGUACUCAUGUGCAUUUGACUCCUAAGUUCCCAUUGCACUGAUUUACAAGUAAUCCUGGUUCUCACCCUUGUACACUGCAUCCCAUGGGUAUGAACAUAAUUAACAUAUGUAUUUUCGAAGGCUUUCAUGGCCAGAAUCACUGAGUUGUUGUGAGUUGGGUUGUAUGGCCAUGUUCCAGAUGCAUUCUGAUGUUUCGCCUGCAUCUAUGACAGGCAUCCUCAACCUGUGUGAGACCUCACAAAUUCUGAGGAUGCCUGCCAUAGAUGUAGGUGAAACGACAGGAGAGAAUGCUUCUGGAACAUAGCCAUACAGCCCGAAAAACUCACAACAACCCAAUAAUUAACAUACCAAGAGCCAGUCCUCAGUAUUUCUUCCUUUAUAGACGCAACUCCUUGUGUUCUGGUUCUUUUCCGGCUCACAAACUCAAAAAUUGGCAGAAAUGGAGAGGAUUAAAAACCAUGUGGCUCCUUUCUUAAUAGCUGCCUCUUUACAUAACAGUAAUUCUUUUAUCUCUCAUCGUCUUUCCCCUCAAAACAACAGAGACAAAAUGUUGGUAUAUUUUGUACCCAUGCCAAAUAAUUGGGUAGGGGGGGGUAUGCAUUAUGGAUUUUUGUGACUUUGGGUCACUUUACUUAGGUCUUUUGGGUUCAUAAUGUGUAAAUUAAUUAUAUAGAUUCUUUUUUUUAACCCUGAUUGGAUGAGUUAACCUUUUUACAUUAGGAUAUAAUGAGGAAUGAAUAACAAUACAGUUGCUUGUGUACAAAUUUUCAUGUAUAAUAUUUUAAAGGGGUUUUUUUUUCAGAAGAGCAUUAGAGAGAAAUGCUCUUUUUUUACUGUGAUCAUAUGGAUAAAAAGUUCAUUUGUGCAAACUUUGAAAGAUCUUUCAUCUCCAUAAGCAGAGAGAAAUUAAACAUGAAAAUAAA